AGGAGUGCUGAGCCCUGUAGAGGAGUGCUGAGCCCUGUAGAGGAGUCCUGAGUCCUGUAGAGGAGUCCUGUGUCCUGAGCCCUGUAGAGGAGUGCUGAGCCCUGUAGAGGAGUGCUGAGCCCUGUAGAGGAGUCCUGAGUCCUGUAGAGGAGUCCUGAGUCCUGUAGAGGAGUCCUGAGUCCUGAGUCCUGAGUCCUGUAGAGGAGUCCUGAGUGCUGAGUCCUGUAGAGGAGUGCUGAGUCCUGAGUCCUUUUGGAGGAAAUAAGUUACAGACAGUUUUGUUUUAAAAUGUGUCCAGGUGAUUUUUCAUAUCAGAUGGUACUGGAUUGUCAGUCUGAUUCUUUCUUUCUGUCUUUUCCUUUCUUUCUUUUUUUUUUUUCUUUCUUUCUUUCCUUCCAUCUUUCUUCCUAGCUUUUCUUUCUUUCUUUUCUGGCUCUGUGUGUCCUAUCUUUCUGGCUUGUCUUUCUUUCUUUCCAUCUUUUCUGUCUGUCUGUCUGUGAUUGAGUGACUGAACGAAGGAAAGCGCCAGAGUGUGAGUGCGUCGUGUUGAUCUUUCGCUGCGCUGGUCUCAGACGCUGAUGCAGCGCGAGGUUAGUGUUCUAUGAACAACAAAAACAGCUGAAAUGGAUUGUGUAAUAGCAACGCUGCUAUUACACAAUCCAUUUCAGUUGUUUUUGUUGUUCAUAAAACACUUGUUUUGUAACUUCAAAAAGUUCUUAAAGUUCAUGAAAAACUUGUCUGACUCAUUCUGCUGUAAGGUGUGUUUCCUCAGCACGGAACAACCAGAAGGAACAGUUAAGCUCGUUUGUCUGGAGGUUUUGGAAAUCCUGGUGUUUCGGACUGAAGUCCUUCAUUUGUUGUGAGAGCUCUGCUUCUGUAGCUUUCUUCUUCCUGAAGGGUUCGUGUCGGAAACGCCCAGUUUCUCGCAGGACUACAGGAGGGUGUUACACUUUUAGGAGUUGUCAACACUUGGGGUUAGGGAUGGACGAUGUGAUGAUCCGAUCUCGAUAUUGCGAUAUUAUUUCCUGAUGCACUUUUCUGAGAGAUCCUGAUAUAUGUUGUGUUUUUUAUAUUUUUUAUAAUUAUAAGAAAGCAGUUGAUUCGACAUUAAAAUGUUUAUAUUAAUAUUUAAAAUGACGAGAGAAAUUUUUAGAUGCGUUUAUUUUCCUUCUAUUUUUAUGACUAAAAAUGUGAUCGCCAAUAUUUUUUUUAAAAAAAGUACUUAAUGUCAUAGACAUAAUUUUUUCUUUUAAUGCACUGCUACUUUUUUGCUGCAAGUUUGUUAGCAAAAGUGUUUAUCGUCAAGAACUGUGGUAGAGCAAGAGGUUUCAGUGAGCACGGUAAGGCGCGUACUAAACGCAGAAGGUUUCCAUGCCAGAACUCCAAGACGUUCACCACUACUGACCCAAAAGCACAAGAAAAGUCGACUCAAAAUCAUAUCAAUAAGAGACAGAAGUUUUGGAGUGAUUAAUCAAAACCGGAACUUUUCUGCACGAUGGAUCAGCGGUACGUCUGGAGGAAGAAGAAUGAACAAGGAACACUCUGUCCGCAGUCGAGCAUGGUGGAGGCUCGGUGAUGCUCUGCGGCUGCUUUACAUCCUCUGGCACUGGAAGCCUGCAGCGUGUGGAAGGCGAGAUGGAUUCAUCGAAGUAUCAGGAAAUCCUAGGAGAAAACCUCACGCCGUCUGUGAAGAAGCUGAAGCUUGGGCGUCAUCGGAUCUUCCAACAGGACAAUGAUCCCACGCACACCUCAAAUUCCACCAAGGCUUGGGUGCAGAAGACGUCCUGGAAGAUUCUACAGAUCCAUCACAGUCGCCUGACUUGAACCGCACAGAAAAUCUCCGGUGGGAUUAGAAGACGGCAGAAACCCAAGAACAUUACUGAACUGGAGGCCAUUGAUCAUGAGGACCGGGAGAAGAUUCCUCAGGAACGCUGCCAGAAGAUCUGCAUCUCGUUUGCAGCAGCUCAUAACAGUAAAAGCCUGCUCUAUUAAGUACUACAGAAGCUCGCCAUGAAGGGGUUGAAUACUUCUGCGACUGGAGAAGUCAUUAGAAGUUGCAUUUCAGUUGAAUUUGUUGAAACCACUUGAAGCAUUGACUGGUUUAUGUACAAGAACACUACACACGCUGAGAGGUCUUGUAGGUUAAAAGAGUUUUGUCGGAAAUAAACGUGUGUGUUGGUGGUGUUUAGAUUUGGCUUUGAAAUCCGUAGCUCUUGGAUGCAAGUCUAUUCGGAAUGGAUGGAGAGUUCCAAAACCCAUAAAACUUGCUCUGUUUUGCACGAGGGCUGUUUAUUAAUAUCGCACUUUUUCUCCGCAUUACUGUUCGAGUUGACAUCUGCUGCCGCGGUCCAUAAUCCUGCACCUUACUCCUACUGGAAAUACUUUCUUUAACUUGUCGUCAGAUUUCGCUGCAGCACGCCGAUGAGAUAAGGGGGUUUUUUUUUUCUUUUUGGGUUUGACACUCGCCUCUGAAAGAGGAAGUGCGUUUCAGACAAGGAAACGAUGACUGCCUCAUGCCCCUUUUUGUGCAAUUAACGGAGCCUCUCGUCUUCCCGUAACAGAUGACAUGACGACGCUGACUUCCUGUGAGCCGUGGAAGCGGCGUGCGAGCUCGUACUGGAGUGUUGCAGAACGAAACGGCAGCGCCGAGCCGAACGCUCUCAGAUAGUGCACCUGUUCGUCCUCGUCCUCACCCUCAUCCACCUGCUGUCAGAAUGGCAUCUAUACAGCCACGGUUCUUCACUGGUUCCCUCAUCAUCUUCAUCAUCAUCAGCAGCAGCACCAGCAGCAGCAGCAGCGGGCACACUCACGCCAUCCCUCGUGUCACCUUUCCUCUCGAGAGCCCUGGUCGGCCUUUUACGCUCUUCACUCUUCCUGAUGUUUAUAACACCACCACUCUCCUGCUGAGCGACGAUGAGGAGAUGCUGUACGUGGGAGCGAGAGACGCCGUUCUCUCCCUCAAUAUCAGCGACGCAGUCAGCCUGCAGCUCAGCAACAAGAUCGACUGGUCGCCCACGGAGACCGAUCUGGGUGACUGCCUCUUGAAGGUCUCGAGUGAGACGGACUGUCCGAACUUCGUGAGAGUGCUGCAGGUCCUGAACUCCACGCACAUGUUCGCGUGUGGAACGUUUGCCUUCAGUCCUCGCUGCAGCUACAUCAGCUCUGAGCAGUUCUUUCUGGCCGCGAGACCCGAGGAGGGCCGAGGCCGCUGCCCUUACAACCCCUACCACAAAAACACGGCCAUUACUGUGGGUGGAGAACUUUACACCGCCACGGUGGCAGACUUCAAAGGGAAUCGUCCCGUCAUCUCUCGUCACCUGAGUGAAGGAGACCGUGUGGAUAUGAAGCUGGAUGAUACCGCAGGCUGGCUAGAAGAGCCCACCUUCAUCAGCUCCGCGCACAUCCCGAGCGAGGAGAAGGUGUAUUUCUUCUUCAGCGAGUUAGGUCGAGAGUACGACUUCAUCGACAAGUUCACCGUGUCUCGAGUCGCUCAGGUUUGCACGAGCGAUGUAGGGGGACAGCGGACUCUGCAGCGACGAUGGACCACCUUCACUAAAGCUCAGCUUCUGUGUCAGGCCAGAGGAGAACUGCCCUACAACGUCCUGCAGGACAUCACCACGCUGCGGCCACCAGAGGGCGCCAGUGCGGACGACACGCUCUUCUACGGCAUCUUCAGCUCCCAGUGGUCCGUGAACUCCGGCCGCUCGGCGGUGUGCGUCUUCAGCCUCCGAGACGUUAAAGCCGUGUUUGCCGGAAACUACAAAGUGCUGAACAGGGACACGCUGAAAUGGAGCACGCGCAUGCAGGAGAAGAUCGCUAAUCCCGGAGAGUGUGGUCUGCAUAACGCCUCAGAUAACGUGCUCCGCUUCGUCAAGGAGAACUUCCUGGCUGAUAAGAGCGUGUCUCCAGCCAAUCAAGAGCUGACAUUAGUGUCACCUGACCGGCGCUACAGCAACAUCGCGGCUCAGAGAGUGAAGGGAGCUCAUGGGAAAGAAUACACCGUCCUGUACCUGCUCACAGAAAGCGGCUACCUGCACAAAACCGUGCUGUUGGAGGGCGGAGCUCACAUCAUCGAGGAGAUCCAGGUGUUGAGGCAGCCUCAGCGAGUCAGGAACCUCCUGCUGUCCGUCUCAAAGGGCGCAUUGUUCGUGGGUUCCUCAGAAGGAGUCGCGUCCGUUCCCGUCUCCAACUGCUCACACUACUGGAGCUGUGCGGAGUGUGUGUUAGCCAGAGAUCCUUUCUGUGCCUGGGACUCAACACGGCGAGUGUGCGCUCGCGUCUCGUCCGUCACAAACCAGCCCGUUCAGGAUGUAGAUGGAGGAAACGUGUUGAAAGUGUGUACCUCCACCGUGUUGGUUCCCAGAGGACGGUCCAUCAUCCCCAGUACUCCAACCAGUGUGCCGGUCUCGGUGCUUCUACAAGAGGUGGUGCAUCUUCGGUGCAUGCCUUCGUCGCAGCUGGCCGAGCUGCACUGGGUGCGCCCUGGAAGCGAGCUCUCGCCAAACAUCUACAUACAGGGAGAUCGUGGCAACCUCAGCUUCCUGGCCACGCCCACAACGCUGGGCACCUACGUGUGUCAGGCCGUUGAGAACGGCUUCAUGCAGACGCUCGCCGUUUACGAAGUCAGACAGACGGAUAACCCCACCCUUCCGCCUUCCUCCACUUCCCCCGGCGCCGAGACCGGAAGAGAGGCCACGACUCGGCCGACGAUCGUCACGACGCCCGACGCCGGACCCACGGUGGCGAUGACGCAGAAGCCAAGUCCGAGCUCAACCGUGAACGCGGUCAUCCCGAGCUCGACUCACACCCCUGCUGACGGCUUGACCAACAUGCAGCGGGAGACCAGGCCGAGCUACCUGAAGGAGCUGGUGGCUGUCUCGGUGCUGUUAGCCAUGAGUGUUUGUGCGUGCUUAUCGAUGGCGGCGUACAUCUGGAGGAAGAGCUAUCGCAGCAGGACGGCGCCGCAUCUGCCCUCAUCACGCAGGGAUACAGGAGCUACAGAGGGAGGUACAGACCAGGAGACGGAGGCGCUGAGAGGUAGUUCACCUCAACUGGCGAAACACAACGGGCAGACGUCUCCGAACACACCGAGCAACGGCGUCUCAAACGGCUCCAGCGGCCACCUACCCAACAUUCCAAUCUGAGCGCCAAACGCAACACUUUUUUUUUUCCCCGCUUUUUAUUGAACUAAUCAGUGCUUGUGGAUGUUUACCCACACUAUAGCCUUUUAUGUCACCUGCUUCUGAGCCAGUACAGCACCAGUACCGCACCGGUACCGCGCCAGUACCGCCUGCUUCCGUCAUGUUUAUUACCAGCGUAAUGAUUCUUUCAGCUCACCAGCUAAACGUUGUUCGGACUAGAGUAACGUUGGGGGCGCAUGGAUUAGUUGUUAGCACGUUUGAGGUCCGGGUUUGCACGUUCUCCACGUGCAUCGGGGGUUUCCCCCUGGUACUCCGGUUUCCUCCCCCAGUCCCAAGACUUGCGCUGUAUGCCGGUUGGCGUUUCCAAAUUGUCCGUAGCGUGCGAAUGUGUGUGAACGUGCCCUGCGACGGGUCGGUACCCCGUCCACAGUGUCCCCCGCCUUGUUCCCCGAGUCCCCUGGGAUAGACCCCAGGCUCCCCGCACCCCCCGGAUUGGAUCAGCGGUACGGAAAACGGACGGAAUCCGAGGAACAAAACGAAACGCAAGCUUUAACGCGAACGAUCUGUCAUUCCACAGAAAAGCGUUCUAAGAUCAAGAGUUCGAAUCCCGACGACGCCACGGCCGCCUGUGGUCCACGUCUCGUACUAACACGUUAACGUUUCUAUAGCAACGACUGACACAAAGCCUCGUACGGCAGACGCUCCACAUAAUCUAAUCCUAACAAACUGUUUUGUUUAUUUUGGGGCGGGGUUUGUUUUUCAAAAUGUCGUCAUCUAAUGUCGAAGGCGGGUCAACGUUACUCCGUAAGGAGACGUUUAUUUAACUUUUAUGAAAGAAAUGUUCGCGCUUUAAGGUCUUUUUUUUUUUUUUUUUGGUCACUUUGAGAUUUCCACCGUGAGGAAAGUCUUCAGACGGAUGAGAAGCGCGAGAGGAGAUGGGCUGACGAGGGAUCGAAGGUUUAUAGCUGCUAUAACGUAAGAGAUAACAGGAGCUGACUUGUUUUGCGGACAUUCCACGACGUUAAACGUAACUGUAAACGGAUAAAAAGCGUUGAGCCGAAUCGCAGCACGUAGUAGUCGGUUAUUUUCCUGUAACUGCACAUCCUGUGGUGUUGAUUCCUGUUUGUUUUUUGUUGUUGUUUUGUUUUUUUCUUAUCGGUUCAGGAGUGUUGUGUUUGGAAAGGUUAUGAACUUUGGCUUUUGCUCGGAGCAAACUGUUUUUGUUUGUUUCAAGUGUUUUUUUGGUACUCCGCUAGUUCCUGCUCUUUUCUGCGCCUUUAGGGAAUCAAAUGCACAAGCAGUACUCCUCUAAAAACAUACACGUGCAUAUAAAACUCGGACAAACGCGGCGAGAUGCGGUUUCGAGCCCGGUCGCACCGGAUGAGCGAGCAGGCGAGAGGAAGGAUUCAGGAAAAUGCCGUGUUGAAUUGUUUAAGUGAGUUAAUUGGUGGGGGUUUAAAAGCAGACUCGUUACUUCGAGUAUUUCGCCAAAACGAUCCGGAGUCUGCAUUUUAAUAGAAACGAUCCCGUUUCAACGACCGCCUCGCUGAUUAACGCUGGACUCGUUCGUACGAAACUGCGCUCGCUUUCUACGGUUACGUUAGCCAGCUGAAAAGGACAGCCACGUGGUACGUACCGAAGACGAGGGGUCUAAACUAUUAAGCACACACUGCCACGACUCGUAAGGAGCCGCACUUUCUCCUGGGAAUGUUUCUCUGCUCUGUACAGAUGUUGCACGAAGCUCGAGCGAACGCUUUAGCGCAAAACAUGUUGUUUUUUUUGUUUUUUUUGCAAAUACGAGACAAUCAGUACGUUUACACGGACAACAAUAAUCCGAUAUGAACCCGAUUAAGACGAUACUCUGAUUAAGAAACUAGCAUGUAAACAGCGAUUAUUGAUGACCUUAAUCUGAUUAAAGUCACACUCGAAGUAAACACCAAUCUAAUUAAGACGUGUGGAGUUUUCCUGUUUUAGUCGCAGUAUCGACGUGCGUUACAGACAUGUACACACCUUAAUCACACUAUUAACCUCGUGUGGUAGUUUUCACCGCAUUGUGAGACAGGACACGUACACGGCAGCGCUCAACUGUUUGACGGCAAACAAGAGAGCACGGCUGCGUCCCAAACCGCGUACUUACCUGCUACAGUAUAUAGUAGGAGAAAUACAUGUGUCUCUAUAUACUAUAUAGUAGGCAAGUACGCGGUUUGGGACGCAGCCCACGGCUUCAAGCAGUCGUGAACACUUGAACACUUGAAGCGUUCAUAACAUUAAACAUGAAACACCCGAAACUGUAUACGGUCCCAUAACGAAGACCAACUGUAUGUCGAUACGUGAAAUUCUGGAUUGAACGUCGGACGGC